GCAACUAUCGCGUAGCAGCCCAUCCCUAAGUGUGACCGCACGGGCGGCUAGUGUGACCGUCGCGCAGACAAACUGAAACUCAGUGCGACGACGGACGCGAAACCCAAAAAUUAAAAUUAAUUUUAUUAGAGCUCGGUGCGGAAGUCUGCCACAUUUGCUGAGCCAGUGCGUCGCUAGAGAUUUGCUUGCUAUCUAUCUGACCGCAGACCGAGUGUUUCCAAAAGAUACAGCCAACCGAAGCCCGCUAACCAAUCCUCGACUCGGAACAAAAGAGAAAUUUUUUGCGUGGUCACCAGUCGUGGUUUGUUCGGGAAUCGCCAAACACAAAUUCCGGGGCCAGGCAGUAAAAUGCAAUAGCUAAGAGCCGGAUCAUAAACAAAUUGGUUCGCAGCAGGUGAAAGUCGGAGUCCUGAGAGUCCAGGAGAAGAAGCGGCGGAAAAACUACGCCACAAACAAACAAAAACAGAGAGAGCGGAAAUACCAUUUCGUAGCAACUGCGCAUCGUUUCGCAACGGAUCCGAGAAAUGCCGGAAGAAGAGCCACCACAAAAGCCCAUGGAGGAGGAGGAGGAUGAGGAGCACGAUCAGGACCUCGACCCAGAUCAGGAGCAGGAUCAGCAGCCCCAGCUUCCGCAGGGCGAGGUCCCAAGUCAGCAGCAACAGCCGGAGGAGCACACACUCGACGAGCAGCCACAACAGCCGGCGGAGAUAGUUGUGGUCCCCGAAUUAUCCGCCGAAGAGAUGCGCGCCCGUCGUCUUCGAACUUUGGCUGCCCGAAGUGGAAUGCAGAGCGCCUUGACGCCCUUAGCUCCCACUCCUGACAAGGCGCCGCGGAAGCAGACCAAUGUCUCCGGCGAAUCUCGACUGGUGCGCGAGGCCACGCCUAGUGACAAGGAGGUGUCCUUGCCCACGCCCACUCCCACACCCGUUCCCGCGCCCGCCUGGUCGGAGCUUAGCGGCAAACCGGACAUGGAUGUGGAGAUGAAGUCGGUGGCCUCGACUCCAGUGCAAGAUGUCGAAAUGACGCCAGCCCUCAGCCUGCCAGUUACCGAGGCCACCAAGAGAAGUGUACUGCAAAGCUGCAAGAUCUCCGCUGAUAAUCAUGAAUUGGCCAUCGAGUCGGUGGGUAGCCCCACCAAGAGUGCGAAUGAGCAGAACGAGCAGCUGCUCUCCCGCCUGCUAAAUGCCACCUGGAAUGAGUACGGCAGUGGCUCCAUAAUAUGCGCCCAGAGCGCCAGCUUCCUGGAACAGCAGCCCAGUCGCAGAUUCGACUUUGAGUGCAUUGUUUCCAAUGUGCUCAUGGAGGCGGCUCUCAAGAUUUUCAACGAUGAACUGAAUGAAGGAGAGGGCGGUUCCGCCCUGACAGACGAUAAGGAAUUUUCCUCCGCUAAAAAAAUAAAAUCAGAUGAUACGGAGGUGCAGGAGAUUCUGGCCAAUGCAGUAGCCCCUGGUGGAACAGCCACCACCGAAGAAACCGCAGCAGGCGGAGCCCCUGGUCCAAUGGAAACGACGAGUAGCGAGGCUGGAGGUGCCUGCGUGGCUCCACCGGUGCUUAGCAUCGUAACCACCACCAAGCAUCACGUGCUGCUCUACCUAAUCCGUUGCUACCAGAACUAUCAGACGGAAUGCUCCCGAAAGACGGCCGUCACCCAGCCAGCCUUGCAGCUGGCCUUCGAGCAGGUGAUGCGGAUGACCGUCCUGGUGCUCACUGAUCGCAUUCAUCAGAAUCUCAACGGCCACAUGGAUCAGUCGGCUCUACUGGAGCUGAUGUACACGGACAAGGUGAGCGAGUCUUUCCUCAUCGACUUGAUAGCCCACACGCACCAGGAGCGCGAUGCAUUCGACGCAAUUUUCAGCCAGGUGCUUCGUGGCCUCUUCGCUGGAAUGCAGCGCAACAUUUGCACUUCCAAGAUCAGUGUACAGCAGAUCGAGUGGCUGGCCAAACUAGUAGUCAUUAAGGUUGGCAAUGUUCGACCCAUCGCUGAUCUCGUGUCCAGGCAACCAAACUUCCUGCCGCCCAUCUGCACAAAGAUCUCCGGGCGGGAAAUAGUAAAAUGCAGCUUCCUGGGACCCUUCCUUUCCGUUUCGCUUUUCGCAGAGGAGAACGUCAAGUUUGCAGAGUUUAGCACUAAGAAUAAGCUUGAAGAUGCUGCUAGCUCUCGGUUGCGAUGGGAGCUGCACUCCAUGCGCACCCACAUGCAUGUUGUGUUCCAUUCACUGUGUGUAAAUGCCAGCAGUCGUCCGAAGACGCUGGAGUACAUCUCCAAAAUCCUUCGCCACAAUGACCGCCGCGUGCAGUUUGCCAGUGAUGAAAAGCUAUUGGCCAGGGACGGGUUCGUCAUCAACCUGAUGAGCGUGCUGCAGCAGCUGUCGGUCAAGAUCAAGCUUGACCGCAUUGAGCCGAACUUCCACUACUACAAGAACUCCCUUGUCAACAUUGAGCAGGAUACGAAGAUUCGGUACAGCGAGGAGGAGUACCGCAACUUCCUGUCCCGUGAUUUUAGCCAGCCCGUGGAGAACGCCAACUUCCAGACGCAAUGCUGGUUCCUUACUUUGCAAGCCCACCACUUGGGCUACCUGCCCGCCAUCCAGCGUUACCGGCAAAAGGUGCGCGCCAUUAAGGAGCUGCAGAAGCUUAUCGACGAGCUGGACCGAACCAAGCCCCAUUGGGUCAACUCACGCUACGCUAACCGUAAUAAUCAGUUCAAGGAACGCUGGGAGAAGCAGCUGCGCAAGCUAAAUCGCUCGAAAACCUGCAGCGAGAUCACGCUCUUGGACCCCGCCCUGCUCCAGCGAUGCACGGAAUUCUAUUCUACUGUCUGCGAAUUCAUGCUGUACCAGUUCGAGGGACGCCCAAUUGAGGGACCCUUUAUCUCCAAGCUGCCUGUGCAGCAGCUGAAGCCAACGGAUGCAUUUUCCGCACUGCCCGAGUGGUAUAUUGACGACAUCGCCGAGUUUAUCCUGUUCACCAUGCAGCACGCAAACGUGGACAUCCGUCAGGGCAUCGACCACUCGAUCAUUACCUGGCUGCUGACCUGCGUCUGCGCCUCACACCUCAUAAAGAAUCCAUAUGUGACUGCCAAGCUAGUUGAGGUGAUGUUUGUGUUCUCACUUAAGCCAGCAAACUCGGUCAACACAGCGAUGUGGAACCACGAGCUGGCCCAGAACGCCCUGGUCAGCGCCCUGAUGAGAUUCUAUGUGGAUGUAGAGACAACGGGCCAAAGCACUGAGUUUUACGAUAAGUUUACCAUAAGAUAUCAUAUUAGCCAUCUGUUCAAAUCCAUGUGGGAGAAUCCCAUUCACCGGCAGGCCGUCAUUUGUGAAUCCCGGGUGGGCAAUCAAUUUGUGAAGUUUGUCAAUAUGUUGAUGAACGAUACAACUUUUUUGCUGGAUGAAUGUUUGGAGAACCUGAAACGCAUCCAUCAGACCCAGCAGCUGCUAUCGGAUAAGGCGAACCUCAGCAAGAUGAGCGCGGAACAGCAACAGAGCCGACUCACCCAGCUGGCGACAGACGAGCGCCAGUGUCGCUCCUACUUGACACUGGCUCGCGAGACAGUCGACUUGUUUCAUUAUCUGACAAGCGACAUUAAGGAGCCGUUCAUGCGCGCCGAGCUCGUGGAUCGGCUAAGUUCCAUGCUAAACUUUAAUCUGAAGCAGCUGGCCGGGCCCAAGUGCAACGACCUCAAGGUUAAGAACCCGGCCAAGUAUGGCUGGGAGCCACGCAGUCUGCUGGCCCAGAUCUUCGACAUAUAUCUCCACCUGGACUGUGAUAGAUUCGCUGAGGCCCUGGCUGCUGAUGAGCGUUCCUUUGACGUGCAAAUUUGCAAUGAGGCAGCAUCGAGGAUCAAACGCCUGUCCCUCCGAUCGGCUGUUGAGGUCGAACGUUUUAAGGCGCUAACACAGCGAGCUCACGAAAUCUAUGUUACCAACCAACAGACUGAAGAUGAAUGCGCAGAUGCGCCCGAUGAGUUCAAGGAUCCGCUGAUGGAUACCCUCAUGUCCGACCCAGUGGUGCUUCCCUCUGGCACAGUGAUGGACAGGGCGAUCAUCACCCGGCACCUGCUCAACAGCUGCACCGACCCCUUCAACCGACAGCCCCUCACCGAGGACAUGCUGGUGCCCAACAUAGAGCUGAAGCAGCGCAUCGAUGCCUGGCGCAAGGAGCAGCGCGGCAAGCGGAACAACAGCUAAGCCCCGUCCCCACCCGGCCGUGCCACGCCCCUCCUACCCCUACUGCUACGCCUAGGACUAGUUUAAUGUGCAGUUUUAGUGUCUACCUAUCUUCUACAUAUAAAUAUAAAUAUUCAUUGUGCAGGAUUUA